AGAUGUGAAAUUUUGACAAUUAGAUUUAUGUUUAAAGUGAAGUUUGGACAGCUGAAAUGAUCCCAGCAUGUGUUUCUGUGUGAGCAGUGUGUCAGAGCAAAUGGACCAGGUAUCCAACCGGUCAGGAGUGGGCAGUGAUGACAUUACAGAUGACACCACAUCACUGGCGGAUUUCAGGUGGUCCUCUGAGGAUGAAGAUAGCUCUGACUAUCAGGCACAGUGUCUGGCGGCACCUCAAACUCCUGUGGCCACCUACAAACAAAGGUUUGAGGAGUUCAGGAAGUUGUUCAAAGAGGUGCCCGAAUCCGAGAGACUCAUAGUGGACUAUCCAUGCGCCCUUCAGCGGGACAUACUCCUUCAGGGACGCCUCUACCUCUCACAGAGCUGGAUCUGUUUCUACAGCAAUGUGUUUCGGGGUACAAAGAUCACACUGACUCUUAAAGACGUCACAAAUAUGACGAGGGAGAAAAUGGCUCGGCUGAUUCCCAACUCCAUCCAGAUCCACACGAGUACAGAGAAGUUCUUCUUCACUUCCUUCUCAGCAAGAGAGAAAAGCUACCAGGGUGUUUUCCGAAUCUGGCAAAACACACUGAUGGACAAGCCUCUUACCAGCGUGGAGUUAUGGCAGAUGGUUAAACAGCAUUAUGGGUCUGAUUUGGGUCUGAGCCAUGAGGAAAUGGAGAGCUUACAGAUGACAGCAGAAUCCAGCAUGCAGAACAGCCUGACAACGAGGCCUGGAGGUGAUGACGCUCCAGGCAGACUAGAGCGUCCCCCCAUCCUUCGCCUCCCCGGGAUGGAGCAGGGACCCCUAGAGGCCUCCACGCCCCAGGGAGAGGACCUGCCUUCUCCUAUCGGCUCACAGACCUCAGCCAACAUGGACGACUCUCGUAGCACCCCGUCUCAGCGGCGCAGUCCUGUCCCCUCGCUGGACCGCCUCGCCCCCGAACGGGUCUCCAAGCGCUCCACGCUUUCUCUGGACCUCAACGCCAACGAGAACGGCGCGUCCGAGCAGAGUGGCUCAGAAAGCAUCGAGGAAGUGGAGGAGCGAGUCGGGCCUUCCCAGGUGCCGGGUCGGCUGUAUCUGAACAAGGUUUUCCACAUCAGCGCUACCAAAAUGUUUGAGCUGCUCUUCACCGACUCCGGCUUCAUCCGCAGGUUCAUGAACGUCCGCAAGAUAACCAAUGCCAGCUUUACUCCUUGGCAAAAAGACGCGUCUGGAAACAUGAAGCGGAGUCUGAACUACACAAUAACCAUCAGCAACCCCCUGAUCGGGAAGUUCUCCACUGCUACGGAGCACCAGACGCUGUACAAAGAAUCCAGGGAUGGACAUUACCUUGUUGACUCAGAGGUGUAUACUCAUGACGUCCCCUACCACGACUACUUCUACACUCAGAACCACUACAGCAUCAAAAGUAACUCGAAGCGGAAGUGCCGCCUAAGGGUUUACACUGAUGUGAAGUACAAGAAGCAGCCAUGGGGCCUGAUCAAGUCCUUUAUUACCAAAAACUCCUGGAGUGGAAUAGAGGAUUAUUUCAGACAGCUGGAGGCAGAACUUCUGGAGGAGGAAGCAGAGAUCAACCAAGGAGGGGGAGAGUUGGGGAAGAUUGGUGGACUCCGGAGGAGGAGGCGGACUUACAGCCGAACUCUACCGGAGCACAUAAAGCCCAGCAAGCAGUACGGCCAGGACCCUGAACAGCACCGAGACAGCAACAUGGGCCCCAUAGAAAUGAAAGGCCCCUACAGAUGGAACAUGACUACGAUAGUGGCCGGGAUGAGUGUGAUUUUGCUGAUUCUGGCGAUGCUGAAUCUGGGCCUGUUUUUUAAGCUGUGGGCCAUGGAGGACGUAGCCCACCGCAUGUAUCUGACCACAAAGCACCGGCUGAGGGAGAGGAGCCAGGCCAGUUUGGCCCCCGAGUAUGGUCCCCAACAGGCACCGGCGUACAGAACCAGAGAGGAGAUGCACAUGCUGAAAACUGUGCUGCAGGACUCCAUUAACCUUUUAGAACAGCUCCGCAGCUCUCUGGUGGUUCUCCAGCAGAACUUUGCUUUGGCCAAUCGAACAGCAGCACCGCAGUGAUGCAACCACACCUGGGGACUACAGAGCACCUGCUCCCAACCCUGUGGAGGGAGAAGAAAAAAAAAAAGGACUGCAGCACUGAACUGCCUCAAAGGAAAUCUCCGAUGUCCACAGGAUGUUGCCAUGUAGACGUCCCCAGACCCCUGACGUGUUGCCGGGGGGUUCACUCGUUCCAAAGCUUGUGGAGAGGCAUCAGGUGCCAGGAUGUUUGUAGAGCUGCACACUGUCUGCUGGGAGGACAUCAGAGGAGCAGCGGGUUUAGAUUUCUGUUGGGUGCUACUGUCAGCUCCCACAGCUGGAUUCUUUUUCCACUCUUUUCUUAGACAGCGGCAUUGGAUUUCCUUUUUAAUGAGCCUUGUGUCACAUGAAGUACACUAUUGUAGAUACUUUUACUUUUUGGUUUAAUCGGGGAAAAGGAAACAAAAAUAAUUAAAAA